AUAAUGCACAGUGUAUGGACUGACAAGCAGUUUAUGCUGUACAUAAAACUAGGAAUAAUAGGAGGAAACCAUGUCUAAUAGCUGCUGCAUCCCUGGGCCAAACUUCAGAUCAGGAAGUAUAUUGAGUGACAAAAUCGGAGACUACAAAUUAAAAAAACCAUUUUAGUGAAACAGAGAAAUGAUGUUUGCUAAUAGAUCUAUGUCUACCAGCACUAGGACUGUUUUCGCCGCAGUUAUUCUGCUGGCUGGAUCUUUUCUUUUUGUUCCGGCCAGUCCUCUAGCAUGUGUUAAAGAUCAGCUCAGUGCUGCAAUCAAAAUAGACGCUACAAGUCUUCAAGUCACAUUAACAAUUACAAAUACUGACAAACAACAAGGGGCUUGUGCACUGAAAUGGAAUACAAUAAUGGACGAUCUGUACUGGGCAAGUGCUGUUGAAGUGUGGAAGGGCAACACACCGUUGUCCUAUUCAAAACCCGUGAUUCCUCUUCACCAACGUAUCACGCAAACUGAUUAUGAAUACUUCGGAAAGGGUACUUCCAAACAGUUUACUAGAAAUCUGGGUACUCUCUUCUCGUUUAAGAACAACAAUCAAUAUUGGAUUCAAAUUGAAACUAAGAUCCAGGACUGCUACAAAUCAUCACGUAACUCUUGUCCAGCUCGGGAGGCAAAGCAGCACGAAGAACUGGAAUACAGCAAUACAGGGGACGCAUCAAAGGACAUGAAAUUUACAGCUAAAAAAGGACAUACGGCUACUAAACAAACAUUCACACAAUGGCUGGCGACCCAGCAACAUCUGUCUCCUCCCCCCCAAACUUAUAAAACUGGAGGCCAUACCAUAUUUGCUGCAUUUGGUACCUAUACAGCAUCUCAAUUCAAAAAAUUAAAGGUUUCUCACGACGGAGCAAAGCAGUAUCUUAAGGAAGCUGUCGACUACUUACAAGACCAGAAAGGAGCAACUCCGCUGUACGAGGAGUGGUUCGGCAAGUUAAAUCAAGGCAAUUACAAACAAGUGAAAGAAUACUUUGUUGAGACUAAAGACGGCCUUGAUCAUCCUUAUGUGUACAAUUAUCUCCCUGAGAAGCUAUGUGGGAAACAUGUACUGGCACACGUGGAUGCCACUCUCAAAGGAAAAGAGCAACAUGUAGUUAAUGUUUGUCCACUGUUUUUUAAGUCUUCAAUGGACGACCAGAUUAUCACUAGCAUUCAUGAAAUGACGCACGACUCAGCAGCCACUGAAGAUGAAAAACUGUUAGUGAGGGGUAAGCCAAAAGAAUGCUAUGGAGAAGUCCUCUGCAAGAAACUAGCUAAAAAUGAUCCAAAAAAAGCGACUUUCAAUGCAGAUAAUUAUGCUCUUUUUGCCAACGAAGUGAACAAGAGAAAGCUGCAGUGUAAGGUACCAGCUAGCUUGAAGAGGAAAGGCGGCAGUGGGAGUUGUAGCAAUCCAAGACCUAACAAAAGAGGAAAACCGAUACGCCGACUAACUGUUCUCCUCAGGAAACUAAUACAACUUGCUGUGGUGAACAUUUAAAGAAAAUAAAUAAACUAUCUGAAUGCAGCAUAGUCUAGAGAGAGGUAGAUACGCAUAUAGCCUAGUAAAUGUCAGUGCUAUAUACUAGAUCUAUAUAAUAUGUAGAUUUUGAUACAUUGCUAUUUAGACAACUAG